CGAGAGUUCAAAAAGGGAACCGGAAGAGAGACACACACACCCCACACCCGUCCCUAACACACCCCACCAGUGACACCCAAAAUUCCCCAAACCACACUAGGUCUCGCCGCCGGCUGCCCUCACCCUCGCCAUGGACGGCGAUGGAGAUCCCCACGACGGGCAUCACCCUCAAAAUCCUGCCCCUUCUGACCCUCGACACCCCCAGCUUGAGGAGGAAGGUAAUCCCCUCCCUCAUGAAGCGCAGAAGGAAAUGGAAGCAGUGAGGAGAGCGAAUAAGGUAGCGCGGAAGAUACGGCGUCUGAGGGCCAAAGCUCUCGCGCGGGGGCAGGGAAAGCUACAGAAGGAGGAUCUGCCCCAAAUCACACCAGGAUCGUCCGUAGCCCUCGCCAUGGGAACCCAUGGCUACUCUGAAACUCCUCCUGACACUCAACACAGCGGGGAGCAAGCUCUGAAGCCCGGGCAAGUGCUUCGUACGGGAGUGUUGGUGGAAGCGCCUGACAAAAUCCCCUCUUCCGCCGGCACUGAUGUGUCAGCAGCACCCCCAAGACCACAUAUUCGCCAGAGCGUUUUGUACUCAGAUCGCCCAAGGCGAUCCAGGAAACCUACAUCAGAUAAGCUACCGGUUGAGGAGCAUGCCGGUGAGGUGAGCAGCAGGGAGUUUCAAGUCCCGACACUUCAUCAGUCACGCUCCACACGUGAGUCAACUAGGCCCACUGGAACUGCUACUUGUGUCCAGCAAAGUGCUUUAUAUGCAGGCCGCCUCAGUCGGUUACGUGGAAGCCAGGAACCGGAAAUAACGAAUAAGCUACUGGUUGAGGAGAAUGCUAACAAGGUGAGUGGCAGUGUGGAUCUACCUGAAUCGAAGACACUAGCGCUGAAUGACACACGUCCUAAGCUUGAAUUAACUGAUAGGGUUGAGGAGAAUGCUGGCAAGGUGAGCGGCAUUGAGGGUCCUGCAGUUAAGGUUCUACCGGUUGAGGUGGAUGCUGGUGAGGUGAGCAGCAUGGAGUUUAAAGCAUCUACACUCCGCCAGUCACCUCCUACACUUAACUCAACUCACAGGUCCAAGGAAUGUGCUUAUGACACUGCCGAAAGUAAGACUGGCUCUGAAAUUGUUGCGGAGGAAAAGCUUACAGAUGAAUCAGAUCCUUGGGCACAAGAAUAUCGUGAGAUACUAAAGUACUUGGCGGAACAUAGAUAUACUGACGUCGUGGAGGCUAUGAUUGCCGCUAGUCAUGGCUUUAGCAACCCGGCCCAGCAUAAACUGGAUGCUGAAGCAUUUUGGUCAUCAGGAGAGGAAUUAAAAUUUCCUGAAGUCUCCAAGCCCUUUGCCUCUCCAACAGAGAAUUCAGUGCAGGGAGAACCGUCUACCAAAGAAAUCAUUGAGGAUGCUAAGAAGUGGAUGGGCGAGGAAGUCAUGGUGGCUUUCAAGAAGUACAUCAAAUGGCAGGACCAAUUCAAAGACGUGGAGUAUAGCCUGGAUGAGCUUCAACAUCAGUGCUUCAGCGUGGAGAGCUAUGACCAUACCUUCCAUCACUUCAACUUCACCGUUAAGAUGAAGAAGCCAGACGGUGAUUGGUCAUCGACGCCCUAUUUUGCUCAAGUGAAAGAGAUCUAUGGAAGAAAAUAUUAUACCUGCUACGAACUAAGUUCAUAUGAUGAUGGUCACUGCUACGCGUGCAUAAAUCAAGGAAUGCAUGCACUGAAGCACCCUAUUGGUGAGUUCGGGUACGACGGUGGCCAUCCUGACACGGGGUCCCCCUUCCUUUAUCUUAGUGACGAUGAAUAAUGAGAUGUCGAGCGAUGACGGUGUGUUUCAGUCAAUGACCAAAUGGUUACAUCUUGAUCUGCAUGUAGUUCAGUAUUUAAUUAUUCUUAAUACUGAAUGUUUACUCAGGAGUCGCCGUGUUUGUAGUACAAUUGUGAAUUAUGUACGUAGGUGUUUUUUUUUCUCGGAUCAGAAGUUUGUACUCUGUCUCCAAAAAGGGCUAUAAAUUUUGGGGAAAUGUUAACUAGGGAACGUU